CAAAAAUAAUGAAAGAGAGUUGUCGGCCUUGUGAAAAAAAAAAAAAAAAAAUUACGCAUCUUGUCUAGGAUUUAUAAAUCAAGUGUAAACUUACGUUGAACAAAUACAGGCGGAGUCUACAUCCGGGAAUCUCUGAAUGCCACGAAGAACACGAUGUACUCUAUCUAUUUGGAUGACCUACUGGAGGUGUUGGACUUAAAACGCGUCGUCAUGAAGAUCGACGUAGAGAGACACGAGGCCAAGAUUCUGGAAAAGGCUGACGAAUUCUUCAAGAAAGUAGACGUCACAUGCGUUAUGAUGGAAUGGGAACGCCAUCCCAGAAACCCGGAUGCAUAUCAAAUGAUGGUCUUCAUGGCCAGACAUCAUAUACUGGGAUUUGACCCCCAGGACUUCAGCAAGUCGCUAGAUGCUUUCACCUUCGCCAAAUGGCCCCGAAACGUCAUGUGGCGUAAGGUUCGCGACUAUGGACUGUGGACAGCUAGAUAUGAAAUUAAUAGUGUGUUUGUGAGUGGGCAUACUGGAAUAUAUAUCUUUCCUAUUUUCUCAAUCGACCGAGAGCCGUUUUGUUUUUGUUUUUUUCUUCCUUUUUUCAAAUUUGGAUAAAUAGUUUACCACACUGCUUUCCUUAUACUAUAAAAUCUGCACACAUCACAGACUCCUGUAAAUGUAAAUAUCCCAACCUCAGUGACGUAGUGAAAUCAUCUGCCUUAAGGCAACGCCAAACGAUACGGGUGUCUCGUACGAUAAUAGCGCUGAUUGAAUGU